GAGCCACUUUCGAACACAACCAUCAUCAUCACUGCCACUACCAUGAGCACGAGCACUACUCAGCAAGUGACGACUUUUACCACCAAAUCUCUAAUUGUUACGUCGCAAAACGAAUUGCCCACUGGUACGUUGGCCACGCAAGAAGGACUCCCAGUAUGGGCCAUCCCUAUGGCGCGUGCUCCCGAUGGCAUGGGAGAGGAAAUGGGUAUCCAUGGUCCUGACCCAGAACUUGACCGCAUUGAAGAGUGUGGACCAUAUCUCCUGUGUAUCCGACCUCCCAGCCCACGCACCAAUAAUGAAUAUAUCAUUCGCCUUUACCACCAAGGUACAAAGGAGGUCGUCAUCAGUGUCGAUCCACCUGUGGACGUGUACAACGCACUCUAUCCCGACUUCGCUUUUCGAACCUUCAUGGGGCUGUGCUGGUGGUCUAUCCUUGAGGAAGAUGCUUUUUAUGUUAAGUAUAAGGGCCAGCUUGUUUGUCAGUGGGGUGGCAAGAGUGUAGUCCAACAGUUACCAUAUGAGCGUGGCCCCGGAGCGGGAGCGGUGUAGAUCAGCUGGAAGGUUUUCUGUCCCAGGAUUGGGUGCACCACGAAGCGUUCUAGUAAUAUUGUGGCUCUCCCCAGAUACAGACCUGAAUCUAGCGAGUGUCGUUGUCGUGAUACGCUGUUCACCAACUGCGCGGCGAACU